GCUGCGGUUGAUUACUCAGGUCUCACGUACCGGACUUGGCGAUCGGUGAUCGGCUUUCAGCACUGGGGGAGCCGGUGUGGAUCCAGCAUGGCGGAAGCAGCGUUUUCCAGUAUUCCUCCAGAAGAUGGUAAACUUCUAGGAGUUCAGUCUCAGCCUGGCACGGCUGCGGAGAAGUUCACCAAUGCGUUCCUGAAGAGCAGCCUGCCGCAGCUGAAGGGCGAGGAGAUCGAGAGCAUGAUGCUCCGCCAGGCUGUGAUCCUGCAGUACGCCAGACCCAACAGAACCCGGGGAAAGAAGACCAAAGCUAAAGGACUCAACGCUAAAGAACGGCGGGAGCUAAAAGUGUUCCAGCUGAAACCCGAGCAUCAGAAGUAUGAGCUGUUCCUGCCGCUACAUGUGCUGUGGAAACAGUACAUAAUCGAUCUGUGUAACGGACUCAAACCUGGCAGCAACCCACAGACCAUCCAGCAGAAGCUCCUGAAGGCUGAUUUCCACGGUGCAGUUUUAACAGUGGUCCGAUCAAAAUGUCCAUCUUAUGUUGGGACCACUGGAAUCCUGGUGCAGGAGCUGAAGCACGUCUUUAAGAUCAUCACCAAAGAAGACAGACUGAAAACGAUUCCGAAGAGGAACAGUGUGUUCAGCGUGGAGAUCGGAGACUUCGUCACCCACAUCUACGGCAGCAAGUUCGAGCUGCGGUCCAGCGAGCGCUCGGCCAAGAAGUUCAAAGUGAGGGGAACCAUCGACCUUUAAUGAGCAGGAGGAGGAGGAGCUUCUGCUCAUCUACUGGAUAUUAUAGGGGUUUAUAUUUCAGCUGUGAAGGUCUGCAGCUGGAGCAGCACAGGUCUGAUGAUUUGUUGUAGUAUAUUUUGCCCACAAGGGGGAGCUGCUUACUGUAAUGUAAAUGCUUCAUUAUAUUCGGUAUAGAAUGGGCGUGGCUUUAAUUUUUUUUUUUUUUUUUGCGCUUUUUUGUGUUGUAAUUUAUUCUUUAACCUUAUUUAAAGCUUUGCUGUAAUAUCAGGACACUAUGGCUGACAGUAUUUUUGUUUGCAUUUAUUUUCAGUACAUUCUAAUAAUCUCUGUGUAAAUAAAGUUUUGUUUUGCACAUGUGGGAAGUUCCACUGUAAAUCACGUUUUGACCACAAGAUGUCGCAAGUGUUACAUUUUGCUGUAUAUUGGAGAUUUUUUCAGGUUUCAUAAUAAUAAAAUUAGUUUGUAUGAUUUAGCAUCUUUUUUUAAAUGGACAUGCAGCAUAACGUUUAUUAAAAGACCAAUAAGAAGAGCAUAAUGUUAUUUGUUAUAUUGAAUUAUGUCUUAUUUGUUCAACCGAUAAACCCUUAUUUAAAUUCAUUUAUGAUGUAGCCGAGCUGAUUUACAGCUCUGUAAAAAAUAAAGAGAUCACUUCAUUUUCUGAA